AAUGUUUCCGGCGAGAAAGAUUCACCGGCUGUUGAGGCGAAGAAAAAGAAGAAGGAAUUUGCUGACGAAGUACUUCAAAUGUCAGCCAUAUUUUCGUAUGCAAAUUUGCAAGUUGCAUGUUCGCUGCAGCCAGUUUCGCUUGCGGACGCAAAUUUGGAGUCCAAUGCUGCCGAUUAUCCACUGAUCAACGCUUAUUUGAACAAGCAGCAACCGGAAACGACUCGUUUUUUCCUGGAAAUAGUGAUAAAAGCAAUCGAUUCGCGACCAGACGCAAAUUUGGAGUCCAAUACGGCCGAUUAUCCACUGAUCAACGCUUACUUGAACAAGCAGCAACCGGAAACUACUCGUUUUUUCCUGGAAAUAGUGAUAAAAGCAAUCGAUUCGCGACCAGUUGCUCUGCUGGUUGAUAUUGCAUGUUUGCUACUGCAACGUGAAUGCUUGGAUGAAUGUUAUCGAUCAGAAAUUGCAACAUCGAUUGAGCGCCAUCUGAACUCGAAUGCUCGAACAGCUCUUUGCUCAAGGCUUGCUCAGCUUUACGUGCUGCUCUUGCCCAAUGACGCCGAGAGAAGAGCAAUCUUAGAUCGGUGUUACAAAGAACUCUGUUCUACUGAAGAUGUAGCAGUGCAGACUCCAUGGCUCUGUGCCUAUUCGGUGCUGCAGCUCUCAUCAGAUGUGAUUGAGAACAUGCGUAAGAUCAGAUGUCAGUUCGUGAAAAUGAUUGAAUCGAUGUUUUCGAUGCAGCCAAAUCAACUUUUUGAAGCAACUUGUGGCUCGCUUGCCGAAUUGCUGAGAAAGCCUGAUUCGAUAAAAGCGGAGCUGUCAGCUGAAGAAUUCUGUUCACUUUGUGAUUUGCUCGGCAAAAUUGCAUCUUCUCGAAAGGAUACCUUGACGCUGAAAAUGAAAGAAUCCAUCAUUCACUGCCUCGGAUUUCUUUCGUCGCAUGCCUUGCAGACAAACUUAUAUGGGCAAAUUCUAACUCAGUUAUAUGCCACCGGAGAGAAAAUACCGUGA